GGUCAGCGGCACCUUUGUGGUCUGGAAGAUUCGGUUCCAGCGUCUGGUUUUGUUGGAAUGAACUGGUCUCCAUUCAUUGGAAUUGGUAGUGUUGGAUGGUGGAAGAAAGGUUUUUCAUCAUUCGCUCAUUAUUUAUAUUCAAAACUGACAACCCUGAAGCCGAAAAUCAUUCGUCUUUACUUAUCAGGUUCCUGCACAGGCUGGAAGAGUCCAGUAAACCUGGGAGUCAUGCAACAAGCUGGACAGUUUCACUUUCAGGGACUGGAAGCGGCAACAAGCAGCCAGGCGAAACUCUUGUCUCAACAUCUGGGUGACCUCAGGAAGGGUUCAGCUACCAGAUUUGCAGAACGUUGGAGAUCCACUGAACCAAAUUCGCAGGCAGAAGCGAGGCCAGCCGCCGCAUGCAAGAGGGCGCAUCAGGACAGAGAAUCGGAAAAAGUGAUAGGGCUGCAGAAAGACAAACUUCAAAGAAGGGCAAUAUCGGUCUCAGGAGGUGCUCUUUGAAGGAUCCGUCACAGAACGAUAUCAAAGUCAAACAAAUGCAUUUCUCUGCCCAUCUUUUCCGUGAAGGAAUGGUUGAAAUGCAGACUUCAAAUACCCGAUGGAUUUACUUCAAUAAUCCCAAAGUGGGAAGUUUCUGAGAUUCAUUUCAAGAUGGAUUAUUUAGAUUUCCUCUCUUCCGUGUUGAAAAAAAGGCUAUUUAUGUUUCCAUGUCAGCUUGUAACACUGUCUUCUAAAUAGGGCGGCCAAACACCCCGACCACUGACCAGAUGACCCUCAAGGUUCUUGGCAUGAAUCUCUGCCCAUCUGUACAAAAUGUUUCACGCAUCGCUGGAAUAACUUCAGCCAAUCACAUUCAGCGUGGGCGUUACCUCAUGCGAUUGUGGCCAACAAGGGAAGGACGUUAAAGCCGAGGCGGGGUUUCCGCAUGUCAAUCACGCUGUGUAGGCGGAGCGGAGGGUCGCCGAGCUGCUCAACAAGGCAAACAGCAGCGCUUCCACCAUCCAACAGCAACCCGGGGACGACGUUAGAAACCGCCAGAUUUCCCCAUAAAUGUUACUAUGGAUUACUAAUACGCUUUCGUCGACCAACGCAAGUGUUUCUCAACUUGACAAUACAGCGCCCAAUUCAUUCCACUGGUCGCCCAGAGGACUGAUAGAGAGAUGAAGACGCUGGAGGAACCUCCCUACUUGACUGUGGGGACAGAUGUAAGUGCCAAGUACAGAGGGGCUUUCUGCGAGGCCAAGAUUAAGACUGCGAAGAGGCUGGUCAAAGCCAAGGUGACCUUUCGGCCGGAUCUGUCCACGGCUGAGGUCCACGAUGAGAACAUCAAAGGGCCUCUGAAGGUCGGCGCUGUUGUCGAGGUGAAGAAUCAGGAUGGGGUUUACCAGGAGGCCACAAUCAAUAAGCUGACCGAUGCCAGUAUAUAUACUGUUGUGUUUGACGACGGCGAUGAAAAGACCUUAAGGCGUUCGUCUCUCUGCCUUAAAGGAGCUCGUCACUUUGCGGAAAGUGAGACGCUCGACAGACUCCCGCUCACCAACCCUGAGCACUUUGGCACACCUGUCAUCGGCAAGAAGGGCAACCGCGGCAGACGAUCAAACCCAGUGCAAGAGGAAGAGCUGUCUUCCUCCUCCAGUGAAGAGGAGGAGAGCGACCAGCGGCAGAAUGAGGAUCUGUUCGGUAAAGUGGUCUGCGUGGACGGCGUCAUCAUGGGCGAUAAGAAGAAGACCUCCUGGUACCCGGCACUGGUCACGUCUCCGGACUGCCAUGAAGACUUGACGCUAAAAAAGGACAGCAUCUUCGUCCGCUCUUUCAAGGAUGGGAAAUUCUACACUGUGUUGAGGAAAGACGUGCGGGAAAUUGACCGCGAUUGUCCCCCAAAAGCAGAUGCCGGUGUGAAACCAGCGUUGGAUGCUGCCCUGGAGUUCCUGCAGCAUGCCUUUGUUCCCAGCUGUUGGAAGACAGAAGUGAAGGAGGAAAGCUCCGGCAGUGAGGAGGAGGAUGAGGAAGAGGAGGAGGAGCCUGAAGAGGAUGCUGGUGGGGAACAAGAGGAGGAGGAAGUUGAGCCUUUUCCUGAAGAGAGAGAGAACUUCCUCCAGCAGCUGUACAAGUUCAUGGAAGACAGAAAAACGCCCAUCAACAAGCGCCCUGUUCUGGGCUACCGGAACCUCAACCUGUUUAAGCUCUACCGACUGGUGCACAAACGCGGCGGGUUUGAUAACAUUGAAAGUGGCGCUGUCUGGAAGCAAGUCUAUCAGGAGCUCGGCAUUCCUAUUCUAAAUUCAGCCGCGGGCUAUAACGUCAAAUUUGCGUAUCGCAAGUACCUGUAUGGAUUUGAGGAGUACUGCAGCUCGACAGCCAUCACCUUUAAGAUGGACCUCCCUUUAAAGCAGCCUCCCAAGGUAGAGCCCAAAUCUGAAUCGGAAGGAACCAAAGCGUCCAUUUCAGAAGAGCAAAAAGUCACAGAGGAGCCCUCUAGUGUUCAGCCUGUGGUUUGCAAGGAGGAAGAACCGGAUCGAACUGGCAGCAACGCAGAGUUAGAGGCGUCAAAACCGGAACGAAAGGACAACGGCCACAACAAUGAAGAUGAGGAGGAUGACGAAGAAGAUGAUGAUGAUGCCGACGACGAUGAUGAGGGCUCCUUAAAGGUAGACACAGACGACGGCUCGUCCACGCCUCGCCCCAGACCCGACAACAUCAAGCUGGAGUACGACAAGGACCAGGAGGGCAAGGACAAGAACUCUGGGGAUGACAGCAGUCAGGAGGGGGAGGAAGGGGAAGAGUUUGAGUGUUACCCCCCGGGGAUGAAGGUGCAGGUGAGGUAUGGGCGAGGCCGCACUCUGAAGACGUACGAGGCCACUGUGAAAGAGGCAGACGUGGAGGGGGGAGAGGUGCUCUACCUGGUGCACUACUGUGGCUGGAACGUCAGAUAUGACGAGUGGAUCAAAGCUGACAAGAUUGUACGUCCGGCCAACAAGAAUGUAGCAAAAAUAAAGCACCGCCGAAAAAUAAAGAGCAAAGCUGAGAGGGAGCGAGACCGAUUGGAGAGGCUCAAUGACAGAGAAGCUCUGGGUCCCUCGGCCAACAACAACCGGGGUCCACGCUCAAAAGGAGGCUUGAGUCAGGAUGUGUUUUCCAAACUGGACGAAGUCUCGGAGAUGUCGACCGACGACAGCGAGCAUGAAGAUGAGGCUGAAGAGCGAAACGAGGGUGAUGAUCAGAGGGCUACCAAAGAGCGAAAAACGGAGACGUCUCAGAUCUCAGAGCCACCCAAGACCCCGCUGGAAGUAUCGAAACCCACUUCAGUCCCAGGGAGGAACCAAGACGUGGCGCCAACAGAGGCUGCUGACGCGGGGAGGCGCAGAGUUCCAGUCGAGCAUGAGGGAGAGGGGAACACCAGGAAGAGGAAAUCUGAGGGAGCAGCAGAGAGAAGCUCCAAGGGUCAGCCCAGAGCCAAGACCAGGAAGACGAGGAGUGCUGAUUGGCUGCCAUCGGGAACCUCCAGGAAGCUGCCGGACUGCACUAGUCCAGGGAAGGAGAGGGGGCGCACGUCCAGCAGCAGCUCAGAAGAUGAGGGAGCAGGACUUCCUGAUCCUCCAGCUGAUGAGGGAGAAAGAACCAGGUCAAAAGCGAAAGGCUUCCCUUCCAAAAAGUACAACGGGGUGAAAGACAAGGCCAAGGGCGGCAGACAAGGGGGAUUCUGGGAAAUUCCAGAAAAGAGAGCCAAGAUGUCCAGCAACGCAGAGGAGAAACCUGCCAUCCGCCCUAAAGGCCAGAAAGAUGUGUGGUCCAGCAUCCAGGCCCAGUGGCCCAAGAAGACGCUGAAGGAGUUGUUCUCCGACUCUGACACGGAAGCCAACUCGCCCCCUCCCCCGGUGCCUUCGUGUCUGGAGGAGGAGCACAUGGAGCCGGAGGUCGGACCUGAGGACGAGGGUCUGGAGGAUCAUCUGGAAAACGACAAGCUGCAGGAGUUUCCCAGCAGCGGAAGCAACUCGGUGCUCAACACUCCACCCACCACCCCGGAGUCGCCCUCUGGUGGCGGCAGCGUGGCCGAAGACAGCGUCCAGCCUCCACCUCCGUCGCCCCCUCUGGCCUCCCCUCCUGCCUUACCGUCAGAGCUGGACUCCACCGUCCUCCCGCCAGGACCGGCGCCGCAGGAGACCUCGGGGGGCCGCAGUGAGACGGACAGCAGCACGGUGGAGGUGGAGAGUCUGGGCGGGGAGUUGCCGGAGCUCCCUCAGGAAGACGGGGCAGGUUCCCCCUCCAAGGUGUUCGACACCACCAUCUCCUGCAACAGCAGCAGCAACUGCAGCCUGGAGCUGAGCAGCAGCAGCCAGCAGGAGAGCGAGCACAAGUCCAAAGCAUCUGUCAGUCAGAAGAGACAGAAAGAACCACAAACAGCUGGCAUCACAAAGAAACACAAGCCAAACCGCAAGACCCUCGUUGUGCCUCCGAAGAAGAACAGGAAAACAGCCAACAGCAGCGACAGUGAAGACCAGUCUGCAGUGGAGGGGACAGUCAAGUCGCCGAUCCAGAGGAAUCACACACCUGAUGUGAAGGCUGCCUGUUCGCCCAAAAGUCACGGGCGCUCUCCCCCAUCAAGCCAUAAGUACCACAAGCAAGGGGACGGCGAUCACCGCGACCACCACCACGGGAGGUCACCACGGAUCUACAAGUGGAGCUUUCAGAUGUCCGACUUGGAGAAGAUGAGCAGCCUGGAAAGAAUCUCCUUCCUUCAGGAGAAGCUCCAGGACAUCAGGAAUCACUACCUCUCCCUCAAGUCUGAAGUCGCCUCCAUAGACAGACGACGGAAGCGCAUGAAGAAGAAAGAGAGGGAAAGCACUGUAGCAGCCUGCUCUUCGUCAUCCUCUUCCUCCUCGCCCUCUUCGAGCUCCCUGACGGCUGCCGUCAUGCUGACUCUGGCCGAGCCGCCGGUCUCCUCGUCCUCCUCCACCUCCUCGCAGAACUCUGGAGUAUCGGUGGAAUGCAGGUGACACGACGCACCGGCCAGAAGCCACGGCACAAAGCACUUAACCAGCAGCAGGGGGUCCGCGGCCCUCCCUCCCUCGCUCCUAUUGGACGCACAGGUCGACCUUCAAACUGGAACGACUGGGGCACAAAAACUGGACCAGAGACACAAAACAAGCACUAUUUUCUAUUGACAACUGUUUCCUCGGCAAGCUAACCGCACUGAGGUGCGUUUUUACCACGAUUGUCUCUGCGAAUGAAAUUUGUCGAAAUUUACCAAUCGUCUUUUGUGCUCUUCUGAAUUGAACCUUUUUACGAAUUGUUUUUGCAAGCAAUAAUUGUUUCCAUUCGAUCGGUGAGGAGCGACACGUCCCUCGUCUGGGCUUUUCCAAACUGCCGCGUCGGCAUCAAGGGCGUAUUCAUGUCCAACUCUGCCAUGUUCUCUGUGGUCCGACAGCGUGGCUAAUGUCUCGCCGUCCUCCCUGUGUGCGUCAGUCGGGUCAUGGAGGUGAAGAGGAUUGGGACCAAACAGGUGCGCCGGCAGCCACAGCAGGUGGUAACCGAAUGAUACUGCAGUGCCUUUUUUGUCAUUUCCAUGAGGGCACUCUUAGACGUGAAAGGAUUUUCCCGAUCGCAAACAAGAGACGGAAGAAUGCAGUGUGUGAGUGAGCGGACGGUGAAACACCGGACGGUUGUGGCAGCGCUGAGUGCAAUGCUCGCCCCGAGUCAGUUGAUCUGCCUUUUUAAAGCACAUCGGCUUCCCUCUGUUUCCAUUCCUCGCAGCUCCGUCAGUUUCCCUUGGUGUGUGGAGGUUAGAAAGUAGCCAUAUGAAAUACUUACAGAUUGUGCUCAACUGAACUGUUCAGUUUCCACAUUUCAGAUAGAUUGCCUUUACUAAAAGUACUCACUUAAUUUAUCGUCCGAUCGACUCCAGUACAUUGUAACCAAAAGCGUUUUGGUUUUGUUUCCUACGAGCGGAUAUUAUAUCUCUAUAUAUAAUGUUAAUGUGUUUAUAGCAUCAAGUGAUGUAUGAGUGUACAUUUCAGCAGACAUCUCCAGUAUUUCCUUUGUAUAGACCCCCCCCCACGUGUAUGAAGCCCUGAAGGUCUUGUUUGUACGUAACCGUAUGCUUUUGUUACACAUUUGUAUAUUGAGGGGAAAAAAGUGUUUUGAGUUUAGCUAUUUAAUAUCUUGCACUGUUAAUAUGUACUUUCCUGUACAGACAGUUUUAAUGGUUUUAACUGUAGUUUGAAUGUAAAUAACGGAGGAUCUCGCCCUUCUGUCGUAGAAAGCGCUACAUUUGCUCAUGUAUUUUAUUAUUUUUUCCCCCAUUCAUCUUUUUGUUCAUGUUCCACUUUAGUUCUGUAUAGUUUGUGCUGAAAGAGAAGAUGGGUGUUAGAAUGAGAAUAUUUUCCAACCGAAAUGGGAACUAGUCUGGAUCAAAGAAAGUUACAGAGUGUUGUUGAAAUGCUCCAUAGUAUUUAUUAUGCUCAUCUGAUGAUGGUCACUGUGUAAGUUAUUGUACAUAUGUAAGCAAAGCAGAAGCUUCUGUUUGAAAUAAAUGCCAUAGUUU